AUGAUUAUAGACUUUGUGUAAAAGGAAUAUAAUUAAUCUCCAGGAAAUAAUGCCUAAAAAUUAUAAAAGCAUAGCAGCUUCACACUCAAACCUAACAGAUUGCCAUCUCUUAAAAUGCAUAAAGAUUAUGGACUUACUGAGGAGGAGAAGGGAACCUACGGAGAUAGGUAAUUAAUAGGAUUUGACAAGCUCGAACUCUUGGGAAGGGGAGGAUUUGCAUUAGUAUGGUUGGCAUCAACAGGCAAUCAGAAAGUAGCAUUGAAACAAAUUGCCAAACCACAAUAAAGCAAAGAGGCAAAAUUCAGUUACAUAAAAUCAGAUAACAUUGUUUAGAUAAUGGGGGUGGAACAUUCAAACAAAGAUACUUGGAUUAUUUAGGAGUUAGGAGGGAAACCAUUGAGCAAAGUUCUCUAUACGAUGAAAGGGGAGUUCUAUAAAGGAGAAAGAGUUUAUGCAAUAAGCGAGACUGUUGAAUUGUUGGAUAUGUAUGAGCAUCCAUACAAACUGAUUGAACUUAUGUAUGGAAUUCUAAAUGGAAUCUCCUGUAUUAAUGAAAAGCAUGUCACUCAUUUCGAUUUAAAACCAGACAAUAUAUUAGUUGAAAACAAUAUACCAAAAAUAAUAGAUUUUGGAUCUGCAUUUUCAAAUUAAGACUAUGAUCAAUUUGGGAUGAUUACUCCAGAAUACAUGGCUCCUGAGGCCCUUGACAUCAUGCAUAAUUGGACUAAAUAUUCUAAUCAAUACAAUACUUAAAUAGAAGCCCUUACAAAAAUGCAUGGGACUCCAAAAAUAGAUGUUUGGAGUUAUGGGGCAAUAAUACUUGAUAUUUUGCAUGGUGUUCCUAAUUGGCUCUCCUAUAAAGGCAAAAUUAUGAGAUAAGGAAAACCCUAAAUCAAAUAUGGCUUAUUUGCAGUCAAAGGAAGAGAUUUAAGCAAAAUCAUCUAAAAGUAAUAGUAAUUGUAAUUGAAUUCAAUCAUCAGGCAGAAUUGUAACUACUUAAGUCUGUUAAAAUAAAAUUAACUCUUUGAUUUACUAAAGCAAUGUCUAGCCUAUGAUCCAUCUCAAAGACCAGAAGCCAAAGAAUUACUAAAACACGAUUUUUUUAAUUAAAACUGA